AAAUGGAGCAGAAUGUUAACUGAUAUCCUUACAAUCACAACAUGUGGAAACAAUCGUUUUAUUUUGUUUUUCUUUUCUUUUAUGCAGGAAAGCAACAAGUGUCCAGCUAUCAACCUCCAUCUGCCCCUUACUAUUAUUCUAGUGUUGAUGGAGACCCACACUUUAUCAUAGCUGUACCCCAGAAACAAGAUGCCCUUUGUUUCAAUAUUAAUGAAGAGCCAGGGGUAGUGUUAAAUUUGAUAAGAGAUCCAGUUACAGGCAUGACCAUCAAUGGACAGCUUAUUGGAGAUAAAAAGAGCAUCAACGAUGUAAGACCACAGAAUACAUAUUUUGGAAAACUUGGGAUUAUAACUAUGAAUCGGAAUGUAAGGCUUGAAAUAACAACUCAAAAUAUCAUCCUUCAAAAUGGUAUAAAAAGGAGAGUAUUCAGCUGGCUUGAUGAAAUUGCCUUACAACAACCCGGUUUGACACUAAUAAUCAAACGAAAACGGAGCGUAGAGGUUUCAAUGGAUAAUGGAGCAACAUUUGUUGUUGUUCUACACCAAGUGUGGAAGAAACAUCCAUUACACCGAAGUUUCCUGGGAUUUUACAUGGCGGAUAGUCACAGAUUAUCUGAACAAACCCAUGGUUUACUAGGUAACAAAAAGAUAUUAUUCUAAAGAUUUUUGGGGUUU